AGGAGAGGGGUGACGAAGGGGAUGGAUGAAGAGAGGUUUGGCAGGGAUGGGGGGCCUCCGGCUGGGUUAAGAGAGGGGACUCGCUGGCUGAGGUCCGCCUGGGCCAGCUGGGGUCUGUCUGCCUCUGCCCAGCUCCCUCUGGAGUCUAGAUUAAUCCACUGUGGAGGAUGAAACAGCGUGCGUCACCCCCUCCUGUGAGUGCGCAUAUUAAAUACAGACAGAUGCACAAAACUAGAACUUCCCUUAAGAACAGCAUGGUUAUUCUCCCCUUUUAAUAUCAGGGUUUGCUCAACCUCUGCCGUCUGUCUGUCUUUGUGAAUCCCAAACCGCACCCUAUUUCUUACAUAGGGCACCUCUGUUGACUGCAAGUAGUGCCUAAGGCCCUAGUGCCCUCUGAAGGUAAUAAGGUGCAGUUGGAGAGGCCCCAGUGGCUGUCCUGGCAUUAGGCCUGUAGAGGCCAGGUGGAACCUGGUCUGACGUUGGUCUCUGAUGCUCAGGGCUUUGUGCCAAGGACAGUGAGUCGUGUUCUCCUGGUCGUUAUUACUGACCUGUGCUCUGAAAGCCCUUGCUCACUGAACGCCUGGUUUCCUAAACCCAAGCUGAGAAGUCGGACUCCGCCCUCUUGUGCCGUGGUCUGAAGAUGUUGCGGACGAGAGUCAGAUUGACUGGUUCAUGCGGUCCAGUUGGUAUAUGGCGCUCUAAUUGGGUUAAAAUCUCAGGGUGGAGUGACCCGGUAAACAAGAUGAAAGAGCGCAGAAGUGCCUCCGCGGUUCUGUUGUGGCCCGGAGGAGGGCAGGUUUAACUGGUGUCCAGAGAGUUGGUGCGGAACGACGGGGCCAGAGGCAUUCCUGAUAACAUGGAUCAGCUGCUUGGAGUCGAAGCAGGCAGUGUGGAGUCCAUGCCGCUGAGGGACAGGAUGGCCUUGUACCAGGCUGCUGUGUCUAAAACCGAGGUCAUACCUUCAUCAGUCAGUAGUGACCAUCUGGACCUUCACAGCAACGGGACGCACGGUGGCAAACAAAAGGAGAACGUGCCUCCAGAGGACAUGGGUCCGGACUCAGAGCCUAACAGUAGGAAAGCCUCUUCUUCAGACAGCAGUGCAGGCUCCAGUACUGGAAUCCCCUCUGUGUCCUCAACCCAGAAGGACCAUGCCCAGUCUAAGGCCACCAGGAGCUUCUGCUUGCCUGCACGGGAAAGCUGUGUGUCGUGUAAGAAGACGGUCUACCCUCUGGAGAGAUUGGUGGCCAACCAACAGGUCUACCACAGCACCUGCUUUAGAUGCUUCCACUGCAACACUAAACUCAGCCUGGGUACCUACGCCUCUCUGCACUGCCAGGUCUACUGCAAGCCUCACUUCUGCCAGUUGUUCAAGGCCAAGGGCAACUACGAUGAGGGCUUUGGCCUGCGACCCCACAAGGAACUGUGGGAGACCAAAGGAGACAGUGGGGCCGAGGACGAACCGGGGACAGACCCGACGACCAAGGCCGCCACCUUCUCCAAAGACAAGCUGAGAAAGUGUGCUUCUACAGGCACCCUGUUGAUUAGCCCAACGGUCGAGGAGUCUCCACUGGCUAAGGUCAACGUGGUGGCAGCCUUCCUGGAGACUGGCGGCCAGGGCUCAGCAGAGAAAGACAAGCCAGUGGAGACACGUCGGCUGAAGAUCUCCUGGCCCCCCCGCAGUGAAGGUGAUGGAGAGGGGGUUAACACGGUGUCUAGCCCCACCUCAGAUGGUUGCUAUGCUGGGAAACCCUCCCGUGCCAAGUGGCCCCCGGAGAGUGACUCGGUCUUCAGCGAUUACAGCCCAGAGUCCAACGAAUGCUCCACCCUCUGCAGGAGCUCCUCCCUCAAGGAGCGCAGCCGACCAUUCUCGCUGGCCAGACCCUUCCAUGUUCCCACCCCUGCAAGUCAUGCAGCCAAUACUGAGACACAUCUGCUUCAGAGGAUGGGCUCAUUGGAAGAACGGGAAGUGUUCUCCAGCCCUGACCAGGGCAUGGAGUUCCAGGAACAACCAGACAGCCUGUCACCAGACAACCGCACGCCUUCUGACCACAGCUCUGGGGAUAACCACACCUGCUCUGAUGAAGAGGCAGAGGGGAGAGUUGCACCUCUAAACGUGAACUAUCGAGAAAUACUGGAAGAAACUCAAGAACAGGAUGCUGAGAACAGGGUGGAGGAAGAAAAGGAAGAAGAGAAGAUGGAGCGAGAAGAUGGAGCAGUGGAAGAGGAGGAAAUUGUACCUUCUCCGAACUGCCAAGCUGCCUCAUCAGAGAUCGCCAGUCCCCUCUUGUCUUCUGAGGCAGAGCCCAGAACCAAGAUUAACUGCUCGUCUCAGGAUGUGGGCUUUUGGGAAAGUGAGGAGACCGAGGACGUGUCCGUAGAGGAGAUGAUUAAGAGGAACCGGUACUACGAGGAAGAUGAGGAAGACUGAGAUACUGGACUCUGGUUUUAAUAAGCCAAGAACAUUAGUAGCUAUAAUCAGUUGACUAACUUCCACCCAUCCAUUUUGUUAAAAUUUUAGGUUUGUCUUUAUUUCUGUCUUACCUGUGGGACUGUCUGUGUGGUGUGAUGCAAGGUGUUAAGCUCACCCUUUGAGCUCUAUAUUUGUGCCUCUAAAAUGUAACCUAAUUUGGAAUGUGCUCGGCCAUCCUCAGAAUGUCUAAAUUUUUUCAUAUCAUUUGGAUAAAAAAGCAGAUAAGGGGAUUGAGUGAAACCAAUCAGUCUAGUGUCAUUUAAUGCAAAUGUUUUAGCUGUCCCUUAAAGUCGAACUCUUAAAAAUUUAUAUACUGUUACUUACAACUAAAUCCUAUAACUUUUUUGGGCCGAAACAUAAAUUGGAUUAAACGGAACCAUUUAAUCCACCUCCCACCUACUUAAAAAUGCUUGACAUCUGUGACAUUCUGACCCAGAUUUAUGUCCUGGUCGCAGCAUACCAAAAGUGCCUGGGACUCCUGAGAAAGAGCAGUGCAAAUUGUCUCAGCCCUGCCGGAGUUGGUGGGAUGGAUUACUCAUACAGGGUUGCCUUGCGUGUCAUGUGCUAGCAACUCCUUGUGAAAGGUUGGGCUCCUGCAAGGUCAUUUGUGAUCUAUAGCCAGGGAAGCGUUCUCCUCCAAGUGCAUAUGCCCCGGAUAACUUCCUGAUUGAGCAGUGUGGAUAGGUGGAACAGCCUAGUGCCUCAUGAGCCUGCUUUGACUAGACAUGGGUAUAAUAAUAAAUGUAGUCCCUCUUUUUUCUCGGAUGUCGUUAUUCUGAAGAUGAGUUGGCCAAUGAGCGAUCUUCAUGCAAUGUUUGUAACCAUUCCAACACAGAAAACCAUUUUUUUUGUCACAAUGAAUGACUAGUGGAAACUUUCAUUCUAAGAUGACACAAACCAAACAACUUCCAAUUAUACAGACUGAAAACCGUGAAUAUACAUUGUGCUUUUACCAUCGUUUAAUAAAGAAAUUGUUGUACACAAUCUGUGA